AUGGUCUAUACAGAUAAUUGUCCAGUUUUAAACGAUAUUGAGUGGAAGGAUAACUGUCAAUUCCCAGUAAUUCGUGAUGGAGAAACCCCAUCUGGUUGGAAGAAACAAAUCUGGAAUCAAUUGGUGGAUUAUAGAAAUAAUAAUAAAUUGGCCGAUUACCAUAAGCGAUAUAUUAUUGCUAGAAAAAUGGAAUCUACAGAAGGAUUCAAUUAUAGUAUGGCUGUUAAAGUUGAAGAAAAGAAGAUAGAAUUGCAAGAAGCUGAAAAAUACCUUGAAUAUCUGAAAUCUUGA